CCAACACUUUCUUCUCCAUGUUUCUUUAUUCCUACAACUCUUCCAUUUCAGCUAAUAUCAUCAUCAACCGUUGCCAUUUCCUUCAUCCUUCAUAAACCAUAAUUAUAUAUAUCAGCAUUUCAGUAAAAGAUGUUGGUGUUGUGGAUUGGAGCGUUGGUUCCCCUUAUAUGCAUCACAUAUUGGGUUUACCACUGGAGGAAUCCUAGAUGUAAUGGCAAACUCCCACCAGGUUCUAUGGGUUUCCCACUUCUUGGUGAGACUCUUCAGUUCUUCAGCCGCAACACUACUAAUGAUAUUGCCCCCUUUCUCAAAGAGAGAAUGAAAAGGUAUGGGCCAGUAUUCAAGACGAGCAUAGUGGGACAACCGGUAAUCGUAUUGACCGACCCGGAUCUCAAUCACUUUGUGUUUCUUCAAGAAGGGCAGCUGUUUCAGAGCUGGUAUCCGGAUACGUUCACAAAGAUCUUAGGACGUCAAAAUGUAGGAUCCUUACAUGGCUUCAUGUUCAAGUACCUAAAGAGUAUGGUGCUUAGUCUCUUUGGCCCUGAAAAUAUAAAAAAGAUGCUCCCUGAAGUUGAGCGAACAGCUUGUAGAAGGUUACAACGAUGGUCAAUCCAAGAAACAGUUGAAUUAAAAGAAGCAACCGCUGCUAUGAUAUUUGAUCUGACGGCCAAAAAGCUGAUAAGUUACGACCAAGACAAUGCCUCCCAGAAUCUGAGGGAGAACUUCGUUGCCUUCAUAAAAGGAUUACUCUCCUUUCCCUUGGAUAUUCCUGGAACAGCAUAUCACAAAUGUUUACAGGGAAGGAAAAAUGCAAUGAAAAUGCUAAAGAACCUGCUAAACGAAAGGCGGGCAAUGCCAGGGAAGAGCCGAAGUGACUUUUUCGAUUUUGUCCUUGAAGAACUUCAGAAAGAGGGAACAAUUCUAACAGAGGAAAUAGCUUUGGACUUGAUGUUCCUUCUACUAUUUGCCAGUUUUGAAACAACUUCCAUGGCUCUAACUUUAGCAGUAAAAUUCCUUUCUGAUGACCCUUCAGUGCUGAAAAAACUAAGGGAAGAGCAUGAGACAAUUCUACGAAACAGGGAAAAUACAGGCUCUGGGCUUACAUGGAAAGAAUAUAAAUCAAUGACAUACACAUUCCAGUUCAUCAAUGAAACGGUUAGACUAGCAAAUAUAGCGCCAGUAAUAUUCAGAAAAGCACUAAGAGAAAUCCAUUUUAAAGGAUAUACCAUUCCAGCUGGUUGGGCAAUAAUGGUCUGUCCCUCAGCUGUGCACUUGAAUCCAGCAAAAUAUAAAUAUCCCCUGACCUUUAAUCCAUCAAGAUGGGAGGGCGUAGAAAUAAAUGGAGCCACAAAGAAUUUCAUGGCAUUUGGUGGUGGCAUGAGAUUUUGCGUCGGAGCAGAUUUCGCUAAAGUGCAGAUGGCUGUGUUUCUCCAUUGCCUGGUUACAAAGUACAGGUGGGAACCAAUCAAAGGAGGAAAUAUACUCCGAACUCCAGGUUUACAGCUUCCAGAUGGCUUCCACAUACGGCUCAUGGAGAAAACUAGAAUGGAGUAAGUUGUUCGUGCAGAGUGAUUGCUCGUGACUCAAAAGGCAUGGAAAAAAAAACCCAAGUAUAUCACUCUGCACAACAAAAGGCAACAGGUAUUACCAAAUAUUUUUGAGAGGCUCAAAGAAUUUAUAAUGAAAUCAUAAAGGGGUAAUCUGAAAUAAAUUCAUAGUUUACAAGAUUUACUAAUCAAUAAUCAUACACAUCAAUCGCAAUUUGUUAUCCUACUUCUAAAGCUACUGCAAUAAGAUUUCAUAUUCCAGGGUAGAUAGCACAAAGUUGACACAUAUAAGUAAUCCAACAAAGAAAGUGGACUACCUCAAGGCAGAUCCAUUUGUUGGCAUAGACUUCUACCUCAAGGCAGUAAAAACAUAGAAGCAUAUUAUAAACUCUAAUUGUCCUACCUUGAUCCAUUGUCAAGAAGUGUAACCGAGUACUACAUUGGCACUCUUCUCCCUCAACUUCACUCAAUUCAGAGUCCUUCAAUAUAGCUGCAUCGAAAUUUCAAGCAAAAGCAUGUUCAGCAUAAUGCAUCUAUCCCAGUACCUUACAUUUUGGGAAGGUAAAAAGCUUAAAGACAAAAGUAACAUACUCUGAAAGCCACUUGUUUCUUACCAGAUGCCGCCUGAUCAGUUUUUGUAUUGAAUUUAAAAGAUGGAGCUGAAACUUCUUUUGACUUAAUUGU